CGCGCGUAGCCGUGCGAAUGGCAAGUCCAUGUUCGACACUGUAUAUUAUUAUUCCAGGCCCGCUUUACGCAGCUCCUAAUCCGUUUAACAUCCCAUUUGAUCCUAUCCGCGACGGCACAGCGAACGUAAACAAAUGUGAACAGUGUCAGUGCAGGAGGACGCAGCAGCAGCAGCAGCAGACGACGGGAAGGAGGAGCAGACGCAGCAGCAGGAUCGGAUUCUAAGAAUCCGACGCACUUUGCAGUUGUACCCCCACAAAAGCAUGGGCACCAAGGAGUCCAAGCACGCUUGCAUCAGCUACGAGGAUGCCGUUAAGCGAGUUAGCGACGCGGAGCUCCGACGCCUGAAAGAUGCCUUCAAGAAGUCAGCGGGCGUGGGACGGCAGUUCCUCAGCCGGAAUGCCUUUCAGCAGGAUGUACUCUGCGAGGGAGUGCCGCCGAAGAUCACGGACAUGCUGUAUGCAGCCUGUGGCGGAACGCAGCGUGGAAUAUCCUUCAAGGAUCUGCUCUGCGGCUUGGUUCUGAUCACGAGAGGCACUCAGGAGGAGAAAACCAAAUUUCUGUGGAACCUUUACUGUAAUGAUGCCGGCACCUACAUCAUCAAAACGGACUACGUCCGCAAUGUGAACCUGGCUCCAUUCGAGAGCGUCUCCCUGUUCGCCCAGAGCGAACGCGUCAAUUUCGAGCAGUUCCAGGACUGGAUCGUUAAGCACCGCAAUGCCACGGUUCUGUCCAAAUGGCUGCUGGCGGACAACUGUGUCAGUCUCACUUCGGAGCUGGAGACCCCCACGUUUUAUCAGAGCUUGGCUGGCGUUACGCAUCUGGAGGAGAAGGACAUUGGUGACCUGGAAAAGGAGUUCUGGCGCCUCAAAAACACCUCACAAAACGGCCAAAUCGAUCUGCAGUUCCUCGGUCCCCUAAUCAGCCCACCAAUACCAAAAAAUGCACUGGCAGGUCUCUUCAAUGCUUUCGAUGAGAACCGUGAUGGACACAUCGACUUCAAGGAGCUGUGCUGCGGCGUAAGUGCUGCUUGCCGAGGACCUGGAGUGGAAAGGACACGGUUUUGUUUCAAGAUCUUUGAUGUGGAUAGGGACGGAGUUUUGAGCCACGAGGAGACACUACAAAUGGUGAACGUUCUGCUGCUGGUGGCCAAGGAGAACCGUGAGGCCGAGCACUAUCGGGAGCUAACCAUGCAGCAUGUAAUCAGUGAUCUGCUAGAGUUUGGACAACGCAGGAGUCCAGACGGCACGCCCAGCAAACUAACUCGGGAUAAUGUAUCGCUCACCGCCGAGGACUUCAUGCUCUGGAAUGUACAAUGCGAUAUGCGGCUAAUGCAGCCUCUCCUGGACCUGAUCUUCGAGCUUUGUCACAUAGUCUUUGGGCUGUGGCCGCAGUGCAAGCACAUGGAGAACGAUAUUGUCCGGGGAUGGCUGCGCCGAGAGGAGCAACGACCAUAUAGAGUGGGCCAGUUCUGGUAUCUGAUUGCCCACGACUGGUGGUUGGGAUGGAUGCAGUAUACCCAGCACACGGCCCACACCUGCGACUAUUGCAAGCGCACUGCAAGCCAGAAAACCGCCGUGGACGAGGCACUCGUGUGCGAUGAAAGCUUUAACACUAAUAGCCUGGAGCAGCACGACAGCUACUCGUUGGGUUCUGGCACAGGCUCAGCCUCUGGCUCCAAUUCAGCCAGCAGUGGCAUCUCCGCGGGCCGACACUGUGGACCCACGAGGCCAGGACCCAUCGACAACAGCAACCUGAUCACCGUGAAUCCGUACAGAAAUGUUCGCACCCUCACAGGCGAAGGAGGCCACCUGAAGCGGGACACACCCCUGGUGCAGAAUCACGACUUUGAGCUGGUGCCCAAGUCGCUGUGGAAAGCUUUAAAUCGGUGGUAUGGCGACAAUCUGCCACUACCCCGGCAGGUCAUACAACCACCAAACUCUGAUGUGGAUCUGGAGCUGUACCCGCUGAACCUGCGAAUCCUGCUGCAUCAGGCCCAGCCCUCCCAAACCGGAGCUGGCGGAGGCUCCCAGCUGGGGAGCUGGGGUUCCACGGUGAGCGGUGGUUAUGGAGUUCUUGCCUCUGGUGGCGGAUAUGCGGCCAUCGCCGCAAGCAGCGUACUUCAGCCGCCCAAGCGAUACCUAGCCUACACGGCCGCAUUCAGCCGCCUGGCAACGAUUCGGCAGGUCGGUGACUUCCUCUGCGAGCAACUGCGUCUGAAAUCCGAAGACAUUCGGCUGUGGCACGUGCCGUACCCCGACACUGGAGCCAUAUUGCUGGAGGAGGAUGCCAUGUGCCUAAAGGAGCUGCUGAUACGCGACAACGACCAGCUCCUCCUAGAGAUCCGCAACAAGGACCUCACCUGGCCGGAAGAGCUUGGCUCUUUGGCCACGGCUCAGAGUGGUCAGGGAGCCGGAACACCGGGCGAUCGUCGUCGCCUCACCCGCAGCUCCAUUAUGUCCGUACAUGCGCCUGGCGCUACCGGACUCCACAAUCUGGGCAACACCUGCUUCAUGAACGCCGCCCUACAGGUUCUGUUCAACACCCAGCCCCUGGCCCAAUACUUUCAGCGCGAGAUGCAUCGCUUUGAGCUAAAUGCCACCAACAAGCUGGGAACGAGGGGCCAGUUGGCCAUGCGCUAUGGGGAGCUGCUCAAGGAAGUCUGGACCGCAACGACGCGCUCGGUGGCUCCGUUGAAGCUGCGCUUCUGCGUCAACAAGCAUGCCCCCCAGUUCGCAGGCGGUGGCCAGCACGAUUCGCAGGAACUGCUCGAGUGGCUGCUGGAUGCCCUGCAUGAAGACCUCAACCGCGUAACAGAGAAGCCGUACAGCGAGCUGAAGGACUCGAACGGUCGGCCCGAUAAGAUCGUCGCCGCCGAGGCUUGGUCGCAGCAUCACGCCCGCAACCAAUCGAUCAUUAUAGACCUCUUUUAUGGUCAACUGAAGUCAAAGGUCAGCUGCCUGGGUUGUGGAUACGAAUCAGUGAGAUUUGAUCCAUUCAGUCUGCUCAGCUUGCCACUGCCCGUGGAGAACUAUGUCUACCUAGAGGUCUUGGUUAUCCUUCUGGAUGGCAGUGUACCCAUUAAAUAUGGCCUUCGUCUCAACUCGGAGUGCAAGUACGCGGAUCUGAAACACAAACUUGCCACCCUUUGUAACCUCCAACCCAGCCUGAUGCUCGUGUGUGAGCUUUGGAACUCCCAGAUACGCCAGGUUCUGGCCGACGAGGAGAAGCUGCGCACCCAGAGUGCCAAAGAUCUGUACAUCUACCAGCUACCGGAACAAAACAAUGUGCGAACGCGCUCCAACUCGGUGCUCAGCAUGCACAUCGAACAGGGACUCAAGGAUAUCCAACGCAGUUCCGCCCUUAUUACUGCCCAAGAUUCGCUGUCGUCCUUGAGUACUCUGCAAACCUCCAGCCAACGUGCCUCGUCUCGUGUCCUUUGCAAUGGCCAUGUUGCAGGACUAGACAUGGAGCCGGAGGCUGAGGCAGAGUCUAGGUACAACAGCAGCAGUAACAACAUUUUCAGCGGAAACGGAAGCGGCGACAACCAGGUGCACGAACUUCUGCCAGAUGAGGCCGGAAAGGUAAGCCGGUGCUUUGGAAAGAGAGAGUGCAUGCCCCACAGCCUAUUUUGCUUCAAGGAGUCGCUCACAUUGAGCUCCAGUCCCGAGAACCAUUUCAUCCACGGAGCGGCGGCUCAGCAGAAGCGUGUCUCCUCCGCCAAGCUGCUGCACACGGAGAGCAACACCAGCUCCAUGUCCUACACGAAUCCCUCGGGAGAGAACUCCAUGGAGAGCUCGUUGACGGAGCCCAAUCCGCUGGCAGAGCUGACGGGUGGAGCCCACGUAAGCGGAAGUGGCAGUGAAGACUCGUCUAGCUCCUGCCGAACAUCGCCCAACGAAUCCAGUGGCCUGAGCACAGCUCACACGCUGGGCGCCAGCCUCGAUGUGGACGAGCAGGCGGAAGAGGGAAACGAAGAGGAGCCGGAUCAGCAAAUAACCACCUCGCAGCCGGAGACCAGCAGCGGCGUCUACUCCCGACGCUCCUCGCAGCCGCACAAGGCCGGCAAGUAUCUGGUAGCCGUGCAUCGGAAGAUCACCCGCCACGACAGCUACUUCCUGUCCUACCACAAAACCCGGCCCAGCCUGUUUGGAGUGCCUCUGCUCAUCCCGAACAGCGAGGGCGGCACCCACAAGGAUCUGUAUUGUGCCGUGUGGCUGCAAGUGAGCAGGUUACUCAGUCCUUUGCCGGCUACAACGGAUCAGGCGAACCAUGCCGCCGAUUGCGACGACAGUCUGGGCUAUGAUUUUCCCUUUACGCUGCGAGCAGUUAAGGCGGACGGACUCACCUGUGCCAUCUGCCCCUGGUCGAGUUUCUGUCGGGGCUGCGAGAUUCGUUGCAACAACGACUUUGUGCUCCAGGGAGCUCUGCCACCGAUUAAUGCUGCAUCCAGCAACACCACUACACCAAAAAUGAAUGCUAAAUUCCCAUCGUUACCAAACUUGGAGGUCAAGAGGACGCCAGAGUACACCGCCUCGUUAUCGUAUACACCGACAACGAAAUAUUUCGAAGACUUUACCAUUGCCAUUGAUUGGGAUCCGACCGCCCUGCAUUUGCGCUACCAAAGUACCUUGGAGCGGCUGUGGGUGGACCAUGAAACCAUUGCCAUAAGCCGACGGGAGCAAGUGGAGCCCGUUGACCUAAACCAUUGCCUGCGCGCCUUUACCUCCGAAGAGAAGCUGGAGCAGUGGUACCACUGCAGCCACUGCAAGGGCAAGAAACCCGCCACCAAGAAGCUGCAGAUCUGGAAAUUGCCUCCGAUAUUGAUUGUUCAUCUGAAAAGGUUCAACUGCGUCAACGGCAAGUGGGUCAAGUCCCAGAAGGUGGUGCACUUCCCCUUUGACGAUUUCGAUCCUACUCCAUAUUUGGCAUCCGUGCCACAAGAGACGAUACUGCGUCACAAAGAAUUGUUGGAAAUAAAGAAGGACAAUGACUUUACGAUGGCCAGCAGCGAAGUGGUUAGCGAGCUGGAUGAGAUCGAUGGGGCUAGCAAUCAGGACAUCGAAGAGAAGGAGGCAAAGCCGACCACCUCAUCUCCAGUUGCCACAGCCAAUAUUCUGCGACAGAACAGAAGCAUCAAUACUGUUCGAAGGCAACGCCUCAUUUCCACAAGUCUCACCAAGACGCCCAUAGUGGAUGGGGAGUUCGAGGACUACCACCAGCACAGGCUUAAGGAGGAGGUGGACGAGUUUGAUCCAAAAUACAGACUCUAUGCUGUAGUGUCCCACUCUGGCAUGUUGAAUGGCGGUCACUACAUUUCCUACGCAUCGAAUUCAAGUGGUUCCUGGUACUGCUACAACGACAGUUCCUGUCGUGAAAUAUCCCAGAAGCCAAUGAUAGAUCCGAGUGCUGCCUAUCUGCUGUUCUACGAGCGCAAGGGCCUGGACUAUGAACCCUACCUGCCCAAUAUCGAGGGCCGCGUAUUACCACAUGCCACUGGACUCCCGCUGGAAGUGGACGAGACCGAGGGAGAGCUGAAGAAGCUGUGCACGAUAUCCUAACUGAAGUCCACUCUCCGACCCCGAUCUUUCUGGUCAUGGCUAUGAGGGAUUCUAUUAUUAUUGUACCCGUUCUAUGAUAGUGUUUUGUGUUUUGUUUUGCACCGCGUCGUAUGUUUUGUUAUUUACUAUUUUAAGCUUAUUUGGAUUUGCGCAGCUUUAGUUGCUUAGCCCUAAUUAGUUACUAAGUCUAUCUCUACACGCUUUUGAAGCCUUUCGGGUUCAAUGCGUGUACUAUACUACAAAUUUGUGUAACAUAUUCAAGUUUUAGCUUUUAAGUUAUGCGUUUACCUGGUCAAUGGCCAAUUAGUUAUGUUUGUUUAGCUCAACGAUCCCUUUCACCAUUCUUAUUGUUGGUUUUUGUUUUUUUUUUCUCGUUCUCGUUCUCGUUGUAUAUAAUUUUAAAAUUUUGUAUUUGUAUUAGGCCCGAAGUGUGUGCCAGAUUGUAAUUAUUUAUGCCAGACCAGACGUUUGGUUAUUCCAUUUACUUUGUAAUGUCUAACUUGUAAUGUGUAAUUGGUACUAUUGUAAAUAGCAAAUGAAAGGCGAAAUGUUGUCGACUCUUUGAUAUUAAAAAUUUAUCAGCAAUAUCAAGAUGUUACGAAUUUCACAUCCCAAGAACUCGCAGACUAUUGUUGCUCUACUCAUACGUAUUUAAAUGUAUUGAUUGAUUCAUUGAUUGAUCGAUUGAUUGAUUGGCUUUGUGUAACGCGCCGAGCAGAUUCGGUUCGAAAUUAGUAUUGCGCUUAUCAGAUAUGACUUCAAUAUAUCUAAUGAUUAUGUAUUUGAUAUUUACAAAUUAUAUAUAUACACCCACAGAUAUGUAUACAUACAGAACUUAAUAAUUUAUAUUAAUAUACAUGAACAUGAUGAUAUAUUCGAAACGGAAAGCUAUGAAUAAAACAACUUUUAUCGCUUAAA